AGCUGGAAAAUAGAAUAGAAGCAUCAUCGCCUGGAAAGAGAGCUGUAAUUGGCCUGUUGACGGACUCUGGGGUUUCUCCGACGUGUACUCAAGGUUCAGUCUUCGUGUCGCUUCUUGGGAGGAAAAGGGAGAGGUAUCGAAAAUGUCUCUGACUGGCGUGAAAAUGUCGGAAGACGUUUGGUUUACUUGUGUCACUCAUGCAUUGUCUACUGAGACUGAAGAGAUCAUGGGUCUUCUCCUGGGCGAUAUAGAGCAUUCAAAAAACGGGAAUGUGACAGCGUUAAUAUGGGGAGCAUCUCCUCAGACAAGGUCCGAUCGGCGAAAGGACCGAGUAGAGACUAACCCUGAACAGUUGGCAGCUGCAUCAGCACUGGCUGAGAGAAUGACCAUAUCUAGUGGUAGAACAACAAGGGUGAUCGGUUGGUACCAUUCACAUCCUCAUAUUACAGUUCUUCCUUCUCAUGUUGAUGUGCGAACUCAGGCAAUGUAUCAACUUCUUGAUUCUGGGUUUAUUGGAUUGAUAUUUUCUUGUUACAGUGAAGAUGCAAACAAGGUUGGAAGAAUUCAAGUAAUUGCUUUCCAGUCAUCUGACAGGAAGCAGAAUCAAAUGACAAGGUCUAUACCUGCAUCUCCUGUAAAUAGAAGCUCAGUUAUUGAUCUUGAUCCAUCUCCUAGUUCCUCAGAGAAUGUGUCAAUAAGAUCUGGUUCCUUAAAGGCGGAGAGUCCAGAUCAGGAUACUGGUGAUUCGAAGAUUACUGGAACUAAGGGUGUGGGAAGAUCUUCGGACUUGGGGAAUUUCUUUGCUAAUGCUGAUGCUGCCAGCUAUCUAGGGAGAGAAAAGGAUGGAGGAAACUACAAUUCCAACACUUUGGACACUGCCACUGUUGAUGUUGAUCCAAUGGAUAUGUCAGAAAGCAUGCAGGAAGCUAUGCAUCGUUCAAAUUUGGACAUGAGUGGUGCUGAAUAUGUAAGAAAAGAAAUCCCUCUUUAUGUUUUGCCAACCUCAUCCCUUAUCAACAUUGAUUCACCAUUAUCAUCAUAUACGGAUCUGCAACAUGUACUAUUCGAUGAGGAGCGGACUGCAUAUAACCAGGCCAUUUUACAAAACAUGAGGGAUGGGAAGGUGCAUCCGCUCGCUUUCAUCCAUCAUACUUCAACAUACCAGGCUUCAUUAUGCAAAUUGAUUGAAUAUUGUCUAAGUCCUGCUAUGCAAGCACUACAAGAUCGAUUGAGAGAAAAUGAAAUUCGGUUAGGAGUUCUGAGUGCUGAGGCCGCAAGUCUGGAAGGGGAGGCAUUUAGACAGAGUGAAGCAGGUUCUGGAUCUCCCCGUCAAGUUCAAUCUCCUAUUGCCAGGAAUGUACCCAGUCCGGGAAGCCGCAGCAGAAAAGGGUAUUAACCUGAAAACGUCUUUCUUCCAAAGGUUCUGCUUCAAUUCACAUACACCACCACGGUGAUUGGCAUUAUUUUUGGUACAAGAAAUAUGGCUGCUUCAAUUCACAUACACCC